CACAAUGGUCUGUGAGCUUAGGACCAGCUGGUGAGCAGUAUUGCUCCUGGGAGCAUUUCUCCGGCUGGAGUGUCUCCCCUCAGAGCUUUCCUGACUCCAUGCAAAGGGUUCUGUGUGCCCCAUUUAAAUGACAGCAGUGUCUUCCAGCCACCACAUUACUGAUCUCCCUACCACAAUCUAGCCUAGAGCAGAAGGCAUACAAGUCAAGGUGAGACCACUCCUUUGGGCCUGGUUUAUCUCUUUUUUCCCCCUGGAGCUGGGAGCACAGAGUUGAGUGCCAGGUCAAGGGGAGGCCAGCACCCAGCUCAGGCCAUGUUUUCCAUUUUGUUUCCUUCCAGGGAAAGCAGAAGUGGAAGCUGUGGCAGACUCAGCCCCUGGAGGGAGCCUGCCAGGAGAUGGAGAUGCCAGACACAAAUGCCUCAGAGCAACAGGGUCACUGUCAGUUCUCAGAGACCUACAAGCAAAUCCUCCUCUCUCUGACUUACAGUAUCAUCUUCAUCCUUGCGCUGCCCCUGAAUGGUGCUGUCUUAUGGCUCUCCUGGCAGCAAGCCGAGCCCUGGAGUUGUAACACCAUUUAUCUAGUGAACCUGAUGGUGGCUGACCUGCUUUAUGUCCUUACACUGCCCUUCUUCGUCAUCACCUAUGCUGUGGGUGACACCUGGCUCUUCGGGGGGCCGCUCUGCAGGCUGGUGCGCUUUCUGUUCUACACCAAUCUCUAUUGCAGCAUCCUGCUGCUGACCUGCAUCUCUGUGCACCGCUUUCUAGGCGUGUGCCACCCGCUGCGUUCCCUGCCCUACCGGACCCGCCGCCUUGCACGGCUGGGCGCUACUGUCACCUGGACCCUGGUGUUCCUCCAGCUGCUACCCACACUGGUCUUCUCCCAAACAGACUAUGUAAAUGGCCAAGUAAUCUGCUAUGACACGACCAUCCCGGAGCAUUUUGAUCAGUUUUUUGCCUAUGGCACGGUUCUCACAUUUUCCGGCUUCAUCUUUCCCUUCUUGGUUAUUCUGGUGUGCUACUCGCUGAUGAUCAGAAGCCUGACAAAGCCAGAGGAGACUCUCUCAAGGAUGGGCCAUCCAGCCCGGGCUAAGUCCAUCCGGACCAUCCUGCUGGUGUGCGGUCUCUUUACUCUGUGCUUUUUGCCCUACCAUAUCGCCCGCUCCUUCUACCUCUUCAUCUGCUUCCUCAGUGCCCAGGACUGCCGGCUUGUGAUGGCAGCCAGCGUGGCCUACAAGGUCUGCAGGCCUCUGGUGAGCAUGAGCUGCUGCCUCAACCCCAUCCUUUACUUUCUGUCUGGAGGCAACCAAGGAGUCAGGCUUCUCCAGAGACUACACAAGAACAAGGUGGGCGAGUACCCAGCCAGGGCAGCCAAAGGGGCACCAGGGGCCAGGCAGAUCUGGGCACUGCCAAGGUGAGGCCAACCAUUACUCACAAUGAUGUUGAACAGACAGAGGAUGAGUGGGAGAGGGGCUCCAGUCCUCCCACAAGGGUCCUGUGGAAAGAACUUUAUAUUGGCAUUAAGAAAUUUUAAAGUAAUAAUAUGGAG